CACCCCCUCUUGCCUCCCCCUCACUACGCCACUGUACACCCAUGUACAUAUGUACCUUUCAAAGACAUUUCGCUAUUUCAAGAAAAGGCAAGCAAUUUGUUCAUUUUAGCGGCUCGAACAGUUUUAUCAAAGGGAAACACAACUGUCACUUGUUUGGUUGAUAUAGUUAAAAUGUCCAUAAAAUUAAGUGGGGACAAAUUGAGGAGACAUUAUUCAAUAGAUAGGGUCUUUUAUAAAAUUCUGGCUCUUAAUUGUUUAGUUACAAAAAUAGGCCUUUGAAUGGGGAUUUUUUUUCUUUUUUGGUUAGUAAAGAAUCCAUCUUCCUGAUAAACUGAGUCACCGGGUUCGGUUAACAGAAUACAAAUUCCUAUUCUGUUGUUCGGUUUCUAGCGCAUACGAGGCUAAAUAAAAAUGUAUCCGGAAGAAUUUUCUCGGAAUUCUCACAGGCGAGAUCACCCUUGCAACUGCGCUUUCAUUGAUGCGGGCCUGUUGUUUCAAAAUAUCUUGUUAAGAAAGCAAAUCACUUGAUUUGUUAAUUAAGUCCCGGCUCCGAGUAGAAAAGUCUUUCAAGGAAAUUGCAAAGGACUCAUGAAUCUGUGACUAAAUGAUUUCAUUUCAGGGGGUUACAUCGACAAAAGUAUGCCUUCUUUCGCCAAACAGGAUUUUGAAAGUACGUACACAUGGAGGAAAGGAAAUGCUCGGUUUUAGCAAAACAUCAUGCUUUGGGAUGUCGGAACUGUAGAUUUGCCUGUUAAGGGAUUGGCAUUUCAAUGUAUCACCUUAGCAUACAUCAAGUACUAGACAAUGUACAACAAAACUCUGCUGCAUGUUUCCUUCUAGAGGGAUUUCAUAACAGCCUUCCGCAAGCUUUUGCGUGAGUAAUAACAAUUCGUAUUUGAUUCGAAAUAACUAGGCUGCAACCCACGUCAAGGACUGCAAGCUCCUUAAACAGAUCAGCCGUUUUGCAAGCGAAUAAGAAGCGUCGGAAUCGCUGAGAUCCGAGAUGGCUCAGAGCACGAAAGGUGAGCUGGCAAACAAACAGUAACGAUAUUGUUCAAAUCCAUUGUUUGACACUCAGGAUUAGGCCAAACGGUUUAUUAUUUUUCAUAAAGGAACCCUCGAUUCGAAAUUAACUUAUAAACAUUUUUAAGUAUUCUGAUAAUGGCCGCUGUUGCGGAGAUGUAUAGUCAGAGUGAAAAGCGAAUCUUGAGGAUGUUUUGUCUUUAAAAUCGAUUUUAUCGCCAGUCGGCAUGGAACAUUCAAGAAAAAAGCGCCGGGGUGUUGUGCUGAUAUCAGAAGCAGCCAAGCGAAAUCAACGACUUCUAGAAACGGUAAGUUUAGGCGGUUAUAGAUACACUUCGCGGAUUGAAUCUAGCUCUCGAUUUUACAGACCAAGGUAUGAUAAGACACAUUCCCCUUCGGCGACUAUUUCUGCUCGGCCAAAGAGUUUAUAUGACUACAGUUCAUGCGAGGUUGGCAGGUAUUCAAAAAACUCGGAACAGUAUUCACAAGGACCUUUGGAUACUAUCGACGGUUAUACGGACUCGCAAAACAGAGAGUUGGUCAUUUUUGAUAUCGAUAAAAUUGGAUUGGGUUUACGGUUUCCAAGGAAUGGUAAAGAAAGUCAAUCGUGCAUUGGUGAAGGAAAUAGGAAGCGUUCGAAACACGAAAGACUAAGUUGUGUUCUCCCUGAUACAUCAGAUUAUUAUUCAUCUAGCUAUUCUUUUGAUGACAAAAAAGACCAAAAGAGAAGAUGGGACAUAGAUGAAAACUGGGAAAAAGACACUUAUAGAGAUUAUUCAAUAAGGGACCGGAGAUACAGCAACCGGAAUUUAAGAGACCAGUUGUCCAGAUCUGCAGUAUUCCAUGUUACCGGAGACGAAAUAGAAACCGAAUUUAGAGAGAGUCCCUAUAUUCAAGCACAAAACACACUUGAAAUUAAGGGUCCGGAAGGUGGCAACCUGCAAGGUUACAAUGGAAAUGGAUACCGACAAUCUCAAAAAAGCGAUUUUGAUUACCGGAAAGUUACUGGAAAACAAUCGAGCAGUCAGGAAUAUUUGGAACAGAAAGAUGACCGGCCUGUACUCAGAGAAGAAAAUUACAUGGGAGCUGACGCUAAAAGUAAUGGAAUUUUAGAAAGUCGCAGUUGCUACACAAAGAAUAAGAGUGAGCUGAAAAAUGAUUAUCGUGGCGCUUUGAAAGGAUUAUCAAAGGAAGAUGUUAAAGAUAAAAAAUCAAUUAAUGGAUAUAAACAAACAAAAGAGACGUAUCAGUCAGAGAUGCUGCAAAUAAAUUGCUGCAGUGAAUAUCAAGAUGCUGGUACAGUUAGAAAAGAAAGGUUGAAUUUGGAGUUGAGAGAUUCUGAUAGAUCAGUGGAGAAGCCAACAGUCUAUAGCAGCACUAUGUUUGGGAAAACUGUGGGAGAAGUUCAAUCAGAGUGUGGUUUUCCAGGUUCAGAAAUAGGAAAUCGAUGUCUAAAUAGAGAGGCGGACUGGUGUGAAGAAAGAGAAGCCAAGAAAGGUGUUAAGAAUGAGUCUGUUGAUGUUAGAGAGAAAGAGGUGUCUGACCAUGGAUGUGUGAUAAAUAAUACCGUGGAUUUUGGAGAUCGUGCUCUUCGUCGAAGUUUGAAGGAUUCUGGAUUAGAAGACAUGAAGUCAGUUAUUAAGGAUUCGCAGGUAUUUGUUAUGGAAAAAGAAAAUAUCAUACCACAGGAAAAUAAAUUCUUAUUGGGUGCUGAAAUGAAUGGAGAUAUUUUCAAAGCAAAGCUUAGCGAGAUGGAGGUACUUUGUAGAGAGAACGAAGACAAGAAUGUUAAAAAAUCUGAAGACGGAAAGACCAAUGUUCUAGAUCGUCUUGAAAUGGACACUAAAUCUCUGCAAAGUAACGUUUUUAAAAAAGAGGAAGAAAGAUGUGCAAGUAGAAAUAUCUCAACAAGUCCUGACAAGGACUUGGAGCUCAAUUUAACAAAGAUAGUUAGUGAAGAACAGGAUGAUCUAGAUUUUCAGUAUCAGCUGGACUCAAUAAUUGAAGAACUGAAAUUUGAGCUUGAUGAAGUUGAGCGCAAGAAAUUGGGAAGCUCUGAUAUUGUUGACAUUGUUGAUACUAUUGAAGAAGGUAAAGAAGAGAUUCAACAAUAUCCUCAUACCAGCGAUGACAAGAAUAAGGGUAAGGCGAAUGCUGCAUCUAAAGAUCUUUUGGUUCAGCGAUUUAGCCUUGAGCCAAUUAAAGAAUACAAUAGCAGCCAAGACAGGGAUCCAAUUAUUAGUAAGAUAGAGGAAAAUAGCGAUGUUAAACAACGAAAUCUGGAAGAGACGGAACAGGAAGCAUCAAUAUCAUACAAUGAGAACAUUGAAAAAUGUACAUUUGAAAAAGUGCAGCAGUUUGAGGUAUAUGAAGCAACUAGCUUUCAAGAAACAUGUGCUCAAAGUAAUGACGACAUUGCAAAAUUCCAAACAGAUCGUGCAGCAAACUGCGAAGGACAGUCAUUAGUCAGGGAAAUUGGUGAUACGGGCAAUCUUUCGGAGGCAUCAGGCAAGAAAAGCAAUGUAAAUUUAAACGACUCAAGUUCGUUGUAUCUUUUUGGUCAUGAGAACAGGGAAAUUGAUCUAGUGGCCGAUACAAAAGCUUUGGAACCUCUUAGAGAACUAUUGUCUGAGAGUGACAGCUGUAUGGAAGUUUCAAAAGCAGAUGAAGGGAAGAGGAAGCCCGCAUUUGAAGAAGUAAUGAAGGGGCCUAGUGUUGAUACUUGUGAAUCGUCUUCAGAAAAGAGAUGGCGAAGAAGAGCGUCUAAGUUGAUGUUCACUUCAAGUGAAGAGGAAGAAACAGAUGUUGCCGAUGAGAAUAAGAAUGGUGAAGUCAGUGCUGAGGUAAAAAGAGGAAGUAAACAAGUAAUUUUUGGGCAUGAUGACACAGAGACUGCUGUAAAAGGUAUUCAACAUUCAGAUGGUGCAGAAUCAAUGAUGGCAUGUCAUGAGGAAUCAGGGAAAGAUGGCGUUAGUAAAGAUAUAUUAUCUGAUUGUUUUCAACUUAAAAGUCAAAGAGACAAUGAAUAUCAAAAAUAUAGUGAUACAGAUGUUAAAGAAAAGGAAGGAAUGACUGCAGAAAUAGAGUCAGUCAUUAAUACAAAAGAUAUUGAGACAAGUGUUAAAGUACGCAUGAGAGAACACAAGGUUGGAGAAUCAAGCUUUAAAAGGGAGCCCGACUACAGACGUUGGAGUUGGAGAAGAAGAAAGUCGUUGUCUUUAUCUCAAGAUGACAGCCUUCGUUCUUCAAUGAGUCUAGAUGAAAACAGUGGCAGUGGACAGACUAAUUCGAGUAUAGACGACAACAGCUUGCCAAUAAUAGAUCCAGAAAAGAGCAGUUACAAUGAAGGCUUUUCUAUAGAGGAAAUCAAAGCAAGUCUGAAAGAAGAAACGGAUUUAUCGAAAUGCAUUACUGAGAAUCAAUAUUUAAAAACAAAAGAUUUGGAACAUAGAACUAUAGAAGUUGACGAAGGAAAGAUCGAAGUGACAGAGGCAGAAGGGGGCAGUGUACUACUUGGAUCUUCGCUCAAGGAAGCAAAAAAAAAUCAUUUCCUGACAGGGUUAGAAGGGCGUCUAUGUUAUAUCCAAAACUUUCAACACGAAGUCGAAGGAAAAAAGGGUGAUAGUUUUGAUACUACAAUAUCUACCGCUACUAAAAGAACCAAAGAAAUUGAUGAUUCUGAAGUGAUACAUCUGGAAGAAUGCAGAAAACUAAAGACAGAAGACACUAAGAUGUUAUUUGCCGAUAAGGGAGAAGAUCAUGUUGGUCAUACUGAAGAAUUUGAGAGUAAUAGCUCUAUCUUGUCCUUAAGAGGAAAAGAUGACAUUAAAAGCAAGAGUUCUGAAAUGCCAAGUACUAAGGAAUACAGACGAGAAUCCAGGCUGUUACUUAGCGAUGAAAAGGCAGAAAAAGACCAAGAAAUUGAAAAUAAAAAAAAGAAUGGCAUCGUAUUGUCAGCAUCUGCAGAGAAAGAUAGCACUGAAAACGACAGUUCUGAGGUUUCAAGCUUGCGAGAAUACAGAAAAUCGUGGAGAAGACAAUCAGGGUUAUUAGAUGACGAUGAAAGGGCAGAGACAGGCAGUGAAACUAAAAGUGACCAAAGGAAUAGCUUCAAAUCACCAGCCUCUGCAGAAAUUGAAAGCACUGAAAACGACAGUUCUGAGGUUUCAAGCUUGCAAGAUUACAGAAGAUCAAAAAGAAGACAAUCGAAGUUGUUAGAUGACGAUGAAAGGACAGAGACAGGCAGUGGAACUGAAAGUGACCUAAAGAAUAGCUUCAAAUCACCAGCCUCUGCAGAACUAGAAAGCACAGAAAACGACAGUUAUGAGGUUUCAAGCUUGCAAGAAUACAGAAGAUCAAAAAGAAGAGAAUCGAAGUUGUUAGAUGAUGAUGAAAGGGCAGAGACAGGCAGUGAAACUGAAAGUGACCAGAAGAACAGCCUCAAAUUAUCUGUUUCUGCAGAGAAAGAUAGCACUGAAAACGACAGUUCUGAGGUUUCAAGCUUGCAAGAAUACAGAAGAUCAAAAAGAAGAGAAUCGAAGUUGUUAGAUGAUGAUGAGAGGGCAGAGACAGGCAGUGAAAUUGAAAGUGACCAGAAGGAUAGCUUCAAAUUAUCUGUUUAUGCAGAGAAAGAUAUCAUUGAAAACGAAAGUUCCGAGGCUUCAAGCUUGCAAGAUUACAGAAGAGCAAGGAGGAGAGAAUCGAAGUUGUUAGAUGACGAUGAAAGGGCAGAGACAGGCAGUGAAACUGAAAGUGACCAGAAGAACAGCUUCAAAUUAUCUGUUUCUGCAGAGAAAGAUAGCACUGGAAACGACAGUUCUGAGGUUUCAAGCUUGCAAGAUUACAGAAGAUCAAAAAGAAGACAAUCGAAGUUAUUAGAUGACGAUGAAAGGGCAGAGACAGGCAGUGAAACUGAAAGUGACCAGAAGAACAGCUUCAAAUUAUCUGUUUCUGCAGAGAAAGAUAGCACUGAAAACGACAGUUCUGAGGUUUCAAGCUUGCAAGAUUACAGAAGAGCAAGGAGGAGAGAAUCGAAGUUGUUAGAUGACGAUGAAAGAGCAGAGACAGGCAGUGAAACUGAAAGUGACCAGAAGAACAGCUUCAAGUUAUCUGUUUCUGCAGAGAAAGAUAGCACUGGAAACGACAGUUCUGAGGUUUCAAGCUUGCAAGAUUACAGAAGAGCAAGGAGGAGAGAAUCGAAGUUGUUAGAUGACGAUGAAAGGGCAGAGACAGGCAGUGAAACUGAAAGUGACCAGAAGAACAGCUUCAAAUUAUCUGUUUCUGUAGAGAAAGAUAGCACUGGAAACGACAGUUCUGAGGUUUCAAGCUUGCAAGAAUACAGAAGAUCAAAAAGAAGACAAUCGAAGUUGUUAGAUGACGAUGAAAGGGCAGAGACAGGCAGUGAAACUGAAAGUGACCAGAAGAACAGCUUCAAAUUAUCUGUUUCUGCAGAGAAAGAUAGCACUGGAAACGACAGUUCUGAGGUUUCAAGCUUGCAAGAUUACAGAAGAGCAAGGAGGAGAGAAUCGAAGUUGUUAGAUGACGAUGAAAGGGCAGAGACAGGCAGUGAAACUGAAAGUGACCAGAAGAACAGCUUCAAAUUAUCUGUUUCUGCAAAAAAAGAUAUCAUUGAAAACGAAAGUUCCGAGGCUUCAAGCUUGCAAGAUUACAGAAGAGCAAGGAGGAGAGAAUCGAAGUUGUUAGAUGACGAUGAAAGGGCAGAGACAGGCAGUGAAACUGAAAGUGACCAGAAGAACAGCCUCAAAUUAUCUGUUUCUGCAGAGAAAGAUAGCACUGGAAACGACAGUUCUGAGGUUUCAAGCUUGCAAGAAUACAGAAAAUCAAAAAGAAGAGAUUCGAAGUUGUUAGAUGACGAUGAAAGCGAAAAGAAAGUCAGUGGAACUGAAAGUGACCAAAAGAAUAGCUACGAAUUAUCAGCAUCUGCCAAGAAAGAUAUCAUUGAAAACGACAGUUCUGAGGUUUCAAGCUUGCAAGAAUACAGAAGAUCAAAAAGAAGAGAAUCGAAGUUGUUAGAUGACGAUGAAAGGGCAGAGACAGGCAGUGUAACUGAAAGUGACCAGAAGAAUAGCUUCAAACUAUCUGUUUAUGCAGAGAAAGAUAUCAUUGAAAACGAAAUUUCCGAGGUUUCAAGCUUGAAAGAUUACAGAAGAGCAAGGAGGAGAGAAUCGAAGUUGUUAGAUGACGAUGAAAGGGCAGAGACAGGCAGUGAAACUGAAAGUGACCAGAAGAAUAGCUUUAAACUAUCUGUUUCUGCAGAGAAAGAUAGCACUGGAAACGACAGUUCUGAGGUUUCAAGCUUGCAAGAUUACAGAAGAUCAAGGAGGAGAGAAUCGAAGUUGUUAGAUGACGAUGAAAGGGCAGAGACAGGCAGUGAAACUGAAGGUGACCAGAAGAACAGCUUCAAAUUAUCUGUUUCUGCAGAGAAAGAUAGCACUGAAAACGACAGUUCUGAGGUUUCAAGCUUGCAAGAUUACAGAAGGUCAAGAAGGAGAGAAUCGAAGUUGUUAGAUGACGAUGAAAGGGCAGAGACAGGCAGUGAAACUGGAAGUGACCUAAAGAAUAGCUUCAAAUUACCACCCUCUGCAAAGAAAGAUGUCAUUGAAAACGAAAGUUCUGAGGUUUCUAGUUUCCAAGAAAACGAAAGAUCAAGAACGAGAAAAUCAAAAUUGUUACUUGACAAUGAAAAUGAAGGAAAGAGUGAUGUAGUGGAAACUGUUCAGGGUAAAGGUGUUAUUUUAGAUUGGAAAGAAGAAUAUAGGAAUGAAACGGUAAGUUCUGAAGCUGCAUCAGUUAAAGAUUAUCGAAGCUCAAAAAGGAGAGAAUUACAGUUGACACUUGAUGAAGAAGGGGAAGAAAGAGCUGAUAUUUCAGAAGCUAGCAAAAAUGUUACUCAUAAAAAUAGAGAACAUCGAAGACUGUCAAAGUUGUCAAAGGUCGACGAAAACCGUGACACCCUUGAUCCUACAUUUGUUGAAGAUACCAGUAACGAUAAAAUUGGUUUUGAGGUUGAAUAUUUAGGAGAAUCAGAUAGUCCAAAGAAAAAUAUGAAUGAGAUUUCAAAAGAGGAAAGAUCAGAGGACAUUGAAAGAGAGAGCAAAACCUUGAAGGAAUAUCGAGAAAAGAAGAAAAGAGGCUCAAGUUACUAUGAAAUUGAUGUUGAUAGUGAAAAUAAAAUUGAUAGGGACUGUAUGUUAGAAAAUAAACACAAGAAAACUGACAACUCGAGCUUCGAAAAUGGACACAACGAUACUGUUGCUGCUGCUGCUUGUGGAGGAAAACAAGACGAUGAAGAUCCAUUUGAAAUUAAGGAUGUUAUAAUAAACUAUGUUCCCACAGAUGGCUAUUCAAACAGUAUGUGGAAACUCGAUACAGUAUUAGAGUCUCCGAUUGAGUAUGAGGCUGCAGGAAGGCUUUCAAAGCAACCAAACAACCGUUCUUCAGAUUUUGAUGAAGUUGAAUUGAAAAUGAGAAAAGCUAAAGAAAGGGUGCGAUCACUACUGAACAAAAACAGUGCAAUUGAAGAGAGAAUCGAAUUUGGUGGCAGAGAUGAAGAUUAUUGUGAGGACCAGCAAUGGGAAUAUUUUCGGCAGCAUAAUAAACUUAUACAACUUGCAGUAUCAAAAUUAUGGCAAAAGGAAGGCUUUGAUCCAUCAAGACUUGUUAAGGACGACAAGUACGACCAAUAUUACAAUUACCAAUGGACUAAGAGGUAACGCAUUAUUAAAUAAGUAUUAUUCGUAACUCAAGUUUUCUGUUAUCCAUUUUAAAGACCCAUUUGCCAGGCUUUUUAGGAAGGGUACUCUCGUCAGCAAAAAUGACUGCGUGUAACACUUUCGUUGGUCUUUGUGCUGAUGGUAUUUCAUUUUUGCAUAAGAUAUCUAUAUGUAAGGCCAAAAGAUGAGUGAGAGUAUUUUCAGCAUAUUCCACCCCCUGGCUACAAUUUUUCUCAUCCCUGCAGCCCUUUUUCAUCAAAUAUUCUCGAAAUAAGCGAGUUAGAAGUUUAGUAAACUAGAUGUUCAAAUUGAUUUUUGACGCAACCAUUUUGUAGCCUUUAGGCUUCAAGCUUCCUAUUUCAAGCCUUUUGUUUUGCUAGAAAGUUCCCCAUUCUGUAGAAAUGUACCAUUAGCGCUGCCCCAUUUGUCCCAUCUUUGUACUUCUUCUAUGAAAACUUCAUUAUGGUUACCUUUUUUCCUGACAAAUGUCAUGGCAUUCGCCAACUCCCUUAGUUAAAGCUAAGGUACUGGGCAAGUUACAAAGGUACUUUGCUUUUUUAUUAAAAAUCAUUUUUAACUGUCGAGCAAUUUUUGUGUUACUGAUUAACUUAAAAUAAACUUAAAGUUUCUUUUUCUUGUACUUUCAUUAUAUGACUGUAUAAAGAAAAAUUGCAAGCGAAAUUAGAAAUUAGAGUUCUUUUGUAUAAACAUCGCUCAAAUCUGUCAUUUGAAAUCUGACGAGAGCCCUUGUACCAAAAACAGUAUUUUAGGAAAUUUGUAAAGACAUUCAAGAAAAUUAUUUGUCAUUAAUCGUUUAUUACAUCAGGCUAUCCUUAAAAUGUCCAUAUCGCAUUUUUUUACUUAGAGCACAUUUAAAGGUGCACAUGACAACUUAAAGUUUGUUUGUUUUAUGAACUUAUUUGGUCUUUUUAUACUUUUGUAAUAUUGUUUGAGCUAGUUUUGGAGAAACGCAAAAUCUAGGCAAAUAAAUCUUGAAAAUAUUACAAAUCUUGAAAAUAAUUCUUCUUUUCAUGUAAUUAUUGUAUGUACUUAAAAAAAUUUGAAAAAUUCAAUAUAUGUAAUAGCAAGAUUUCACUAAAUCUUUGUGGAAAAUUUGGCAUCAUGCAUUUCAAACCCCUGAAAAAGUAGGUUUUUAACAUAAAAGUUAUAUAUUGAAUAUUUAAGAUAUAGUUCUGAAAAGAGACAAUGACAAAAACAAUUAUAUGGAAUGCCACACACGAUUUGUUGCUAACAUUACGAACGUGUUUAUUUAAAUGUGUUUAUCUACAAGCUGUGUCACAAACAUGAACGGUUUGCCAAUUCUCAGAAUACUACUCUCUAAUAUGUCUUGUGUAAAUCUUUACGUCAUUUUGAAAAGCUUUGACCCAGAUCCCUAUUGUCUUGUGGAUACACACUUAUGGUAAAUAAUAAAGACCCCCAAUUAUAUCAAAAGUUAUAGAAAAAGGCUAUUGUAUUUAUCAUAUUAUCUUUGUCUGCGAAAGAUUAGAAUGAAGAUAAGUUAAGUCUCCUGUGUAGUAAGCAUAGGUGAAUCAAAGCAUUUAUAGUAACGUUCUUAGUUUCAAUAUUUUUUUACUAGCAUUUUUACGUUAAUUAAUUUCAUGUAUUGUGUUCGUCUAUGUACACGCCGUGUGGAGUGUGAGGGUACCCAAUAGGUCCUUGAUUCCUGAAUUCUCGCUACGUUUUAAGCCCGACUCCCGAACAUCAAUUCCCGAAUGUUAUCGGUUCCCGAAUCCCCCUCACAGAGUUCGCCAAUUCCCAACUCCGAAAAAUGACGAUUCCCCCUUCCCCGAAAGCAUAUUGGGCCCCCUCGAGUGAUAGAUCAUUGAAGUUAUAACCGCAUAAUAUAGCUCUAAAUUAUUCACAAAGUGGAAUAAAUGAUGUGUUUUAGCUCGAUCAAAUAGCCGGAUUUAUCUGGUUUCAUAUAAUAAUAUGGAUGUGUUGCGUUCAUCUAGAAAAGUUUUAAAAUCAAUCGUUGUUGAUAAUCUCAGCUUUUUUUUGAACCUGAACUCUCUUAAUAGAAUCCCUCCUUAAGUUGAUUUUUCGACGAUGUGUCUUGUAACAACUGGCAAAGCGAAGAAUAUCUUAUUUAGCAAAAUAUCAUAAAAAGCUGGCAAAAGGGUUUGUACACUAAUAUAGCCUCAUAUCUGCUACCGUGCCUACUAUAUUUGCAGUGUAAAGUUAUGCUACCUUGCAUGUGUAAUUCUAAUAUGCCAUGUGCUUAUGAUAAUCACUUAUGCGUCUCUGUGAAUGUGUGCUAGAAAUGGACAUCCUGAACUUCUUGUUUUUUCUAUAUCAACGUCACAAAAACUCCAAAUCUGAAACUUUGUGUUUAGUGUUAGUAUCUGGUGUCAAAUCCGUAGCUGUGGUAUCUGUGAAAGACAUUUUAGAUCCUUUUCAUAACGAGACUGCCUAAUGAAGAAUAGGUCUGCAGAAUAGGAGAAACUGGAACAAUCACCAACUGCCCUCUUCUAAGGUGGUAGUGAAAAAUGAAUCUCAGUUAACAAGACACAUUCUUCAGGACUUCAGGAGACAUUUAUAGUAGCAUCAUACUCUGAGCAGUGCUUCAACUAGACAGCACUGCUCCUUUAUUUCUUCGUCUCUGACAUGGGCGAAAUGGAAGGGAAAUGUUUAGGGGGCUUAGUAUGGCGCUUUCCGUUACACGAUUGCUUUAAUGAGGUAGAAUUGCCCGAUUGGAGACUAAAAUGUCAUAAGUUUUGCCUGAUUCCCAGCCCUUUUGUCUCCCUCAUCUCUAUGGUCUCUUAUAUUUAGUUCACAGUACUCGCCGGGUUCCUGUGCUUAUUAAAUGUAUCAUCAUAAGACAUUUUUUCGUAGAUUUAAAUUAAGAAAAUCGCGAAUUUAUGGUUACUGUACAAACAAUGAAAACCAGUAAUCGACUUAAACCUUUUUUCAAUCAAUAAUGAGCAAAAGAAAUUGCAUACACGCAAGCAAGAUGUUGACUUUCUACAAAUGUUGAAGGUUUCUGUGCUGUGUUGCAGUUUAGUGUGACUUGGAGGCAACCGUUAGUCUGGAAGUGGAAAGAAGAAAAAAUGAGCCAAGAUGUCUACGGGUUUAGAAAAAUUAGUCCUUUAAUUCAAGCUACGAUAUGUUUGUAAGACAGCUGUUCAAAAGACCGAAUUGUGUUCUACCACAAUCUCAUUUAAGAACAAAAAUUAUUUCUAUGAAUAAAGCAAAUGGCAAAUAAGUUGGUCUAAUGUGUACCGAUUGAUGAGAAUUGUAGUUCGGUUUUCGGAGCCGCGGAAUUCGUUCCUCGAUUAUUAAGGAGGUCAAUUGCUGAUGGUACCUUCAAAUGAAAUAUUAAGUGUGACUGUUUGUAUUUUCCGAAGACAAACAGUCGUUUAGAAGCUCCUUGAUUUGAUUGGUUUUAAUUAUUAGCGCACUUUGACAUUCUAAGCCACAU